UUACUCUUGUCUGUCACAGUACCGCCCCGCCCCACGUUUAAGGAGUUGGUUGAGAAGCGGGUGUCUCCGCUGCGCUGAAAGGAAAGCGACGGCCUGGAGCAAAAAGGUUCUGGAAUAGUCAGUUGAUCCAGAGACUGGCUCUAUCAACGGAGGUCCACACAUACACCCCACUUCCCUCUUUCCCUGCCCCCUGAGGCGGCGUCCUCCACUGGCUAUGGCAGGCCGCGCAGCUUCUCGUCCCAAUGGCCAGUCUCAGGCUAGCAAGAUCUGCCAAUUCAAACUGGUACUGCUGGGAGAAUCAGCAGUGGGCAAAUCAAGUUUGGUUCUGCGCUUUGUUAAGGGGCAGUUUCAUGAAUACCAAGAGAGCACCAUUGGUGCUGCUUUUCUAACGCAGUCAGUUUGCUUAGAUGACACAACAGUGAAGUUUGAAAUCUGGGAUACAGCAGGCCAGGAAAGGUACCACAGCCUGGCACCAAUGUAUUACCGUGGAGCCCAGGCUGCCAUUGUGGUGUUUGAUAUCACCAAUCAGGAAACCUUUGCACGGGCGAAGACUUGGGUGAAGGAACUGCAACGCCAGGCUAGUCCAAACAUUGUGAUUGCCCUGGCUGGGAACAAAGCUGACCUUUCAAGCAAGCGAGCUGUAGAGUAUGAGGAAGCCCAGGCCUAUGCAGAUGACAACAGUUUGUUGUUCAUGGAGACGUCAGCCAAGACUGCUAUGAAUGUAAAUGACCUGUUCUUGGCCAUAGCUAAAAAACUGCCAAAGAGUGAACCACAAAGUGGUCCUGGGGGAACAGCAGGCCGGGUCCGUGGAGGAGUGGACCUUAGUGAGCCAAGCCAGCCUGCAAAAACCCAGUGUUGCAGCAAUUAGAUAAAAAGAUUUGGGGUAGGGGUUUCGGGGCUGGGAAUUAUUGGAUGUCAGUUUCCUGACUCGUAUGUUGGCUAAAGGUGAGACUAAUGGGAGAGGGUGGGCUGGGUGGGUUGAGAGCAGAACAGGCUGACAGAAUUGUGACUCAAAAUAAGGAUUAUAGGAUCAAGGAAAUGUUUCAUCUCACAGAGGGACCUGAAGGAAAUGCACCUUGAAAAUAUUUGGGAUGGGCCCAAGUGGCUAGACAGAGGCUUAUGUAGAUGUACAGAACCAAGUAUUUACUGAAGGAGAUAUAAUAAAAUUCAUAGUCUCUUGUUUAACUAAGCAAGGACAAGUGGCUCUGUUGAAUUGGAGGGAGACAUCUCUUUGUUUUCAUGGAGUAGCCAAACGUGAACUUAGUUGGCUCUUUUGCCUUUUUAGCUAUGGGCACUUCUUAAUAUCUUCUGUCUUUUUCUAAAGAUAAAAAUCAGGCAAAUUUGUUGAUAAAAUGAGUUUAUCUUAUUGUGUAUUGGACCAUUAGAAAAAUGCAAGAUAUACUGUAGGUCAACAGAAGCAUUGCCUUGUCUACAAGCAUGCUUCUUGAGACAAAAAAAGCAGUUUGCAGCCUGCAGAAAUUCUUUAAUAUCUAAAGGAACCUGAUGGAUGCUCUUCCUGGUUUAAAUGCAUUAAUGGGAGGUCAAAAAUAAAUCGAGAGGGGGUGGACUUGAUUGUGUAAAUUCUUAUUUGGCUCAUGUGCUUAUUGGUAUGUAGCCCAGAGAGACUCUAGUAGGAUAUGGGUGAACUUGAAGUUACCAGCAGGUAGUCUGUAUCAAAUGGGUGAGAAUAAAAAAUUUAGAAAAGUUUGGAUGUGAGCUUAACACAGUUUGGUUAGCUGUAUGAGUUGUGGAGUUCAUGGCUCUUGAACCUGGCAUCCUGCAGUUACUGCACUGUAAGCACAGCCAAAUAUACAAAGUUGAUACUGGAUCCUUGACAAUCCAGACCAGCAAUUUGGUGGGCCUUAUUUGGCAUUUAGAGCACACUUCCACCAUUUCUUGCAUACUGGUUCAUUCAGUUUUGGAAGUGGGGUGUCUGUGUCCCAUUGUGCUAGUAUCUUCAUUGAGAUGCCUCCUGAAUAGAACAACACUUGGAUUAUUUAAUUGGGAGAAUAUAUACUUGACCUUUGUUUAGAAACUGACUGAAUUUGAAGAAGAUCGGAUAAGAGGCUUAUGGAGAACCAAUGAAAUGGCAUCUUUGCCUGGGAUGGGCUUGCUUGGCACACUCUUCCAAUGUAGUGCUAUCUUGCCUUCGCAUAUCUCCUUUAAUUUUAUUACAGAUGACUUAACAUUUCUCUAGAUUGUUUUAUUCAGAUCAAAUUCCUGUAAAUCAAUUGAAAACUGUAUGCUAAUCUUUUUUUUGUGAUCUGUGCUUAUUUAAUAUCUGCAGUAUUCUCUCUCUCUCUCUCUCUCUCUCUGCCUACAGUUGUAUUUGAGAGGCAGAUAAAAGUAAGUACACUGCAGGAAUGAUUGUCUCCAGCUGCUAGAGGGGAGUUCCACAAGGAUACACAAAGGGGUGUGUCACCAUUCAGUAUUUUUCAUUUUUACUCCUGUCUAUCAUGGGGCAGCUCUUACUUUUUGCCUCCUCUUCCUUUGCCAAACUUGGACAUGAAUGUUGUAGCCUGGAGUCCAAAAUGCAGUCUGUGCAGUUUUCUGCAGCACUUAGCCUAGCUGAGUAUUAAACCCUGAUUUAUAUAUAGAACCCUCAGUGAUGUCUGUUCUGUUAAGCUCUUUGUCAUACUGAAAAUAUGGCCAUUACCAGUAUGAAGCUAUAACGGUCUAGCAGUCAUUUUGCUUGCUGGUACAUGAAGGUAAAGUGAAAAUUAAAUGAAACCAGAAGGAGAUUCUCUACCGGCUUUGUGAACAGAAGUGUACACACUGGGAAAUUUUUACAAAUUGUGAAGCUGUUCCUUUCAGCUGCCUCUUUUCUGUGAUUUGCUGGCUGCAGGUACAGGUUGAAAGUCGUGGCAUGAAUUCUCUUGCCCUGAGAGUCCGAGGGCAGCUGACUCCCCUGUAGCAGUCUGGAAUCAAGCUGCAAUGACCUUGGUAUUUAGUAAAAGCUCACCAUGAAGGAGUGUAUAUUGCAGCCUUUUAACCCUGAUAACCUUUUUACCUUCAUUUUUAUUCAAAAAUGUUGCUAAACAAAAUACUUGCCUAAUAAAACAAAUCAGUAUACUUAAUAGUGAUUAAACUGGGAGCUGGACGCUCUGAGGUAACAAUUGUAUUUUCAGUUCUGGCAGACAAUUCACUAUGUAUUUAAUGUAAGUAAGAUUUACAACAAUGUUCUGUCUGCUUGUAUGUAUUAAAUGGACUGCCUUUCUUAUUGA